AAAUGUAAUACCUUACUAAAUUCUAUUUGUUCCCACACUGAUUAUGACACUAUGAAAAGUGAAAACGAGGAAUACCGCCAAAAUAAGCAAAAACUAAUUGCGGCUGGUUAUAGUGAUUUAGAAAUGCUUCUGAAUGAUAAAUUACCGCAAACUCCAACUAAAAAGCGUUGUCAGUGUAAAACGAAACUAGAACAGCAAAAGAAAAGGAUUUUACAGAAAUUUAUCACGGAUUUAGACUUGAAAUUAAGAAAGGAGAAAAUAACGACUAAGGAAAUAAUUACUACUAUUCAAAAAUUAUUAAACAAACCAGGAGCCGAAACUCCAACACGAUCAAAGCGACCACCUCCACUCACAAUUAAGUCAAACCAAACAAGAAAAGUGGUUAUGAAUACUAUUGAGUACUACGCUGGGAAUAAUAUUAAUAAUGACGGCCAUUGCCUCAAUUUUGACCAAGAAAAAGAAAAAACUUGGCAAGAACUAAAUAGUGCUGCCACUAGUUUAAAGCCCAAAAUUGUUAUUCAAGCCAUUAGUGAUUAUUAUGAAAAAUAUUCGAUUAAUAGCCAUAGCGAGGGCAACAAUUCUUUAUCGAAUGAGUUUCUCGCCCAAGAAAAAGGAGCUCAAGUGGAGUUCUUGCCUUUGAAUAAAGAUUUUACUAUUGACAUCAAUCAUUUGGAUAAUUAUAUUGACCAAAAAACCAAAAUAGUCAGCUUUGUUCAUAUGAGAGGUGGUAAAAAAAUUGGUCCUAAGGAGAAAAUAAACAAUAGUUUGCCCUUGGCUCAAAAAUUCGAAGUCGGUACUUUACCCUUGGCGCAGAUAUUUGGUCUAAAAGCCAGUUUGGAAUUUCUCAAUAGUUUUGAGAGCAAAGAAGUAAGUAACUAUGAAAAAGAAUUAAAAGAUUAUGCCUUGCAGGAAUUAGCAAACUUAGAGAGAAUAAUUAUUUAUAAUAAAAAUCUGGAAACUAUUGAUAUCGUUCUUUUUAAUUUAAAAGGCUAUCAUGCUCACGAUGUAGCCGACUAUUUAGGAAAAAAUGAUAUUUGUGUCCGAGUUGGUAAUUUUUGUUGUCCCUACUUAAAAGAGUUAAUUGGAGUAGAAGCCGCACUUCGAAUUUCCCUUUUUAUUUACAAUACCAAAGAGGAUAUUGAUAAAUUAGUGUCUUGUUUAAAAAAACUAAGUCAAAAUCCGCACCUGAUUGUUAACUUUGUCAACUAG